AUGUCCACCGCCAAAUCCCGCAAUUUUCGCCGCCGUGCCGACACCAACGACGACGAUGACCUCUCUUCCACUCCCACCACCCUCCCUUCUAAACCCCCCGCCCCAAAGCCUAAGAAGCCCCAAGUCCCCAAACUUCUCAGCUUUGCCGACGACGAAGAAAACGACACCAACGAAACCCUCCGCCCACGCUCCUCCAAACCCCACCACCGCGUCUCGAAAUCUUCCUCUCACAAAAUCACCACUCACAAAGACCGAAUUUCACAUUCCCCUUCUCCUUCCAAUGUUCAACCACAAGCCGGAACAUACACCAAAGAAGCACUUCGCGAACUUCAGAAAAAUACCCGAACCCUAGUUACUCCCACUACCUCCUCUCGUCCUAUUUCUACUAAUUCCGAUGCUAAACCCUCCUCUGAACCUGUCAUCGUCUUAAAAGGUCUCCUCAAACCAGUCACUUCGGAACGUGAAUCGGAUUCCGAGGAUAGGGAAGAGGUUGAGGCUAAAUUCGCUUCUGUUGGCAUUCAAAACGUGAAAGACGCGCUUAUUCCUGAUGAAGAGACCAUUAAAGCUAUUAGAGCAAAGCGGGAGCGUCUCCGGCAGGCGCGUCCCCCUGCGCCGGAUUAUAUCUCAUUGGAUGGUGGAAGCAAUCAUGGCGCUGCGGAGGGAUUGAGUGAUGAGGAACCGGAGUUUAGGGGUCGGAUUGCCAUGUUUGGGGAGAAGGGAGAGGAAGGGAAGAAGGGUGUUUUUGAGGAUGUGGAUGAGAGGGGUGUUGAUGAGAGGUUUAAAGGUGUAGGGGAUGUUGUGGUGGAGGUGGAGGAGGAGGAUGAAGAGGAGAGGAUGUGGGAAGAAGAGCAGUUCAGGAAAGGAUUGGGAAAGAGAAUGGAUGAAGGGCCUUCUAGGGUGGCUGGUGGUGGUGAUGUUCCUGCUGUGCAAGUUGCUCAACAGCCCAAUUUUGUUGGUCCCUCUGCUGCAACUGUGUAUGGUGCAGUUCCAAAUGUAGCAGCAUAUGCGAAUACCAGCAUUGGAGGAGCAAUCCCAGCAACACCGGCUUUGGAUGUCAUCCCUAUAUCUCAACAAGCCGAGAUUGCGAAAAAAGCUUUGCUAGACAAUGUUAGGAGGCUUAAGGAAUCACAUGGAAGGACAAUGUCAUCAUUGAACCAAACAGAUGAAAACUUGUCUGCAUCCCUUUUGAAGAUUACUGAUCUUGAAAACUCAUUAGUGGUAGCUGAUGAGAAGUACAAAUUUAUGCAAAAGCUCCGAAAUUAUGUCUCAAAUAUAUGCGAUUUCUUACAGCAUAAAGCUUUCUACAUCGAAGAACUUGAAGAUCAGAUGAAAAAACUUCACGAAGAUCGAGCAUCAGCCAUUUUUGAAAAAAGAGCCACUAACAAUGACGAUGAAAUGAUUGAGGUAGAAGCAGCUGUGAAAGCUGCAAUGUCAGUUUUAAGCCGGAAAGGCGACAACGUGGAGGCUGCCAGAAGUGCAGCUCAGGAUGCAUUUGCUGCUGUGAGAAAACAAAGAGAUUUACCAGUAAAGUUAGAUGAGUUUGGUAGAGAUUUAAAUCGCGAGAAACGGAUGAAAAUGAUAGUGAUGGCCAAGGCUUGUCAACGCAGGAGGUCUAAAGCUUUUGAUUCUAAAAAGCUGGCAUCCAUGGAAAUAGAUGAUCAUAAAGUAGAGGGUGAAUCAAGCACCGAUGAGAGUGAUAGUGAGAGCCAAGCAUAUCAGUCACAACGUGAUUUAGUGCUGCAGGCUGCUGAUGAGAUUUUCAGUGAUGCUUCCGAGGAAUAUAGUCAAUUAUCCCUGGUCAAAAAGAGAAUGGAAGAAUGGAAAAGGGAGUAUUCGUCAAGCUAUAAUGAUGCUUAUAUUUCGUUAAGUCUUCCACUGGUCUUCUCUCCAUAUGUAAGAUUGGAACUCCUGAGAUGGGACCCACUUCACAAGGGUUUAGAUUUUCAAGAUAUGAAAUGGUAUAAAUUGUUAUUCACUUACGGUUUGCCUGAAGAUGGAAAAAGUUUUGUUCACGAUGAUGGAGAUGCUGACCUUGAGCUUGUUCCAAAUUUGGUAGAAAAGGUUGCACUUCCUAUUCUCCAUUAUGAAGUUUCCCAUUGCUGGGACAUGCUUAGUCAACACGAAACAAUGAAUGCUAUUGCUGCUACAAAAUUGAUUGUGCAACAUGUGUCCCAUGAAAGUGAAGCUCUUGCAGAACUUCUGGUUUUGAUUCGUACCCGUCUAGCUGACGCUGUUACUAGUCUUACGGUCCCUACAUGGAGUCCACUAGUGCUAGCUGCUGUUCCAGACGCUGCACAAGUUGCAGCAUAUCGAUUUGGUGUGUCUGUUCGAUUAUUGAGAAAUAUUUGCUUGUGGAAGGACAUAUUUGCAAUGCCAGUGUUAGAGAAGCUUGCUCUAGAUGAGCUUUUAUACGCAAAAGUUCUACCUCAUUGUAGAAGCAUAUCAGAAAAUGUUCAAGAUGCAAUAACAAGAACAGAACGGAUUAUUGCUUCCCUAUCUGGUGUUUGGGCUGGCCCAAGUGUCACUGCAGACAGAAACCGCAAAUUGCAGCCUCUGGUGGCUUAUGUGCUGUCACUUGGAAGGAUUCUGGAGAGAAGAAAUAUGCCAGAGAAUGAUCUAGCCCGUCGAUUGAAAAAAAUACUUGUGGACCUGGAUGAAUAUGAUCAUGCCAGGAACAUGGCCAGAACCUUCCAUCUGAAGGAGGCAUUAUGA